AUGAGAUCCGCUAUUCUUUCUCUCGUCGGUGGUGCCUCGUCUGUCCUGGCUGCCACCCGCGGUUUCAACUAUGGCUCGCAAGGCAACACUCUGGAGACUUUCGAGGCUUCAUUCCGCACCCAGCAAGGUCUCGACACUACCAGCGGCUGGAACUCUGCCCGUCUCUACACAAUGAUCCAGGAUGGUACAGCCAACACUGUUAUCAGUGCUAUUCCCGCUGCCAUUGCUACCAACACCACCCUUCUUCUUGGUCUCUGGGCAUCUGAGACUCAGGACGUUUUCGACAAUGAGCUCACUGCUCUCAAGAAUGCCAUCAGCCAGUAUGGCUCUGCUUUCGCCGAUCUCGUUGUUGGUAUCUCAGUUGGUAGCGAGGACCUCUACCGCGAGACCCCCGCUGGUAUUGCCUCCAACGCUGGUACUGGCCAGUCCCCUCAAGUCCUUGUCGACUACAUUGGUCAAGUCAGAUCUGCCAUCGCCGGCACUGCUCUUAGUUCUGCACCUGUAGGCCACGUCGACACCUGGACAGGAUAUGUUAAUUCGAGCAACUCUGCCGUUGUCGCUGCUGUCGAUUUCAUUGGUCUCGAUGAGUACCCUUACUACGAGAACACCGAGGCGAACGCAGUCUCUAACGCCAACUCUCUGUUCUUCGACAAGUACAACGCUGUCGAGGGUGUUGCCAAUGGCAAGCCCAUUUGGAUCACCGAGACUGGCUGGCCUACUUCCGGUCCUACCGAGAACCAGGCCGUUCCCAGCGUUGACAACGCCGAGACCUACUGGAAGUCUGUUGCUUGUGAUUUGCUCAGCCGCAACAUCCCCACCUGGUGGUACAUUCUCCAGGACUCUGCCACUCCCAACUUUGGUGUCCUCCAAUCUGGCGAGACCCCCAAGUAUGAUCUCUCAUGCCCCAACGUCGCCACCAGCAGCUCGGCCGCCCCUACCAGCUCGGUUGCCAGCGCCACUAAGCCCACAUCCGCUGCUGCCAGCACCACCCUCUCGAUCACCAACGCUGUUCCCUCCGGUGGUGUCCCUUCGUCGGUCGUUUCCAGCAAGGUCUCGUCUGUUGCUUCCUCAGUCGCCUCGGUUGCUCCCUCGGUCUCUUCCGCUGUCUCAUCCGCCUCGUCCGCUGCUAGCUCAGUGAUUGCUUCUCUUCCCGUUGGCUCUGCUGGCAGCUCCGCUGUUAGCUCUGCUAGCUCCGCUGUUAGCUCUCCUGCCAGCUCUGCCAGCUCUGCUCCCGGAACUACCGUCAUGCCCGUUACCACCAAGGCAGCUACCUCCGUUGCUGAUGAUGGCGAGACCGUCACCAUUUUCUCUACCACUUUGAUCACCGUCACCAACUGUGGUUCCACCGUCUCGGACUGCACCAGCACCGGCAUGACCUCUAUCAUCUCCGCUAAGCCUAGCGUCACUUCUGCUGCAGGCUCGGCCGUUGUUCCCAGUGGUACUCCCGCUGCUUCUGGAUGCCCUGCCGACAUCAACGGUGCUUACCAAUUCCCUCACUUGAUUGUCCCUGUCGAUGCUGCCAACCCUAACAAGGCCUACGGCACCCAGUACAACGCCACUAUCAACUCCAAGGUUUCCACCAUCUUCAACUUUGACAUUCCUGCCUCCUACGCUGGCAAGACUUGCUCAACCGUCUUCCUCUUCCCCCAGCUUGACCAGCUCGAGACUUCCAGCUACUCCUUCAACGACCAGGGUGGUUUCACCAUUGCUGUCUUGAACGGUGUUGCUAACGAGUCGACCACCUACGCCAACGCCCCUGCUGUCGCCAAGCAGAUCGGCUCUGUCGAUGCUCUCAAGCGUGGUUCUUCUCACACCCUCAGCCAGGAUGCUUGCCCUGCUGGCACCAGAGUUUCCUUCGAGGUUACUUCCACCGGCGGCCUCGAUUUGGAACUCUUCCAGGACUACAACCCCAGCCCUCUCGGCCUCUACGUUCGUGCCUGCUAA